GAAUUGCAGUUUUAGUCAAUUCCUUGUUGGCUUCACCUGAGAGAGCGGGAGGUUCCGGUAAAUACGUAUUUUCUGGUGGGGUUCACCUGGUAAAAGUGGCAUUUAAGGGGCAAAAUAUCACGUUAUUUGUAUCGCUUUAACCCGCGGACAUUACAAAUAUCCCGCGGCAACAGUGUAAAAGUAGCCAAAUUCCGCGGGAAAACCGUGGUCUGGGCAACAGUGGUUGAGGUCUUUAUCGAGCUCGCGCCUUUAAAAGCAGUCGCCGGCCGUCCUCCGUUUCCUUGGCAGCCCGAUAUGAUUGACACUCCGAGGAUAGUCCAAGACCCUCCCUCUACUCUGCUCUGCUCUCCUCUCCUCACUUGAGCUCUGAUCGCGAGCCUCAGUAACUUUCUACUGCGAGAGGGAUGCAGCGCGCGCUGAGCGCAGCCUGAAAAUGGCAACCCUUUGGAUUUAUCCGUCCCUCAUUUUCUUUCUUUUCCCUUCCCUCACACCGAGUCAAGCCUUACGGAAUUACCCAGAGAAUGAAGUUACAUUGCUGGACACCAUGUCUGCUCUGGGAGACCUUGGCUGGGAGGCCUAUCCAGCUGAAGGGUGGGAGGAAAUCAGUGUGAUGGAUGAGAGGAACACCCCCAUGCGCUCCUACCAGGUGUGUAACGUGAUGGAGGCUAAUCAGAACAACUGGCUACGCACACGCCACAUCCCACGAGAUGGAGCGCAGCGCGUCUACAUCGAGAUUAAGUUCACCCUGCGUGACUGCAACAGUCUGCCUGGAGUCCCUGGCACCUGCAAAGAAACUUUCAAUAUGUACUACUACGAGUCCAACAACGCCAACCUGUGGUUUAUCAAAGAGAGCCAGUACAUAAAGAUCGACACUAUCGCCGCUGAUGAGAGCUUCACGCAGACUGACGUGGGUGAUCGCGUUAUGAAACUAAACACAGAAGUGAGGGACAUCAGUAACUUGAGCAAGAAGGGUUUCUACUUGGCUUUCCAAGAUGUUGGCGCCUGCAUCGCUUUGGUGUCCCUGAGGGUCUUCUAUAAGAAGUGUCCUCUUGCCGUUCUGAACUUGGCCCAGUUUCCCGACACAGUGACUGGGGGAGAUUCGGCUUUGGUGGAGGUUAGGGGCUCUUGUGUGAAUGACUCCGAGGAGUUUGAGGCGCCGAGGAUGUACUGCAGUGGAGAUGGUGGAUGGCUGGUGCCCAUUGGACGCUGCGUCUGCAAGCCAGGCUUUGAGGAAAACAAGGACUACUGUCAGCCCUGCAGGCCAGGCACCUACAAGGCCUCUUCCAUGGAUGCCUACUGCACCAAGUGUCCACCGCACAGUUUCGCCCAUCAGGAGAAAGCCUCCGAGUGCUCCUGCGAGAAGGGGUUUUACAGAGCUGACAUGGACCCACGGUCAAUGGCCUGUACACGGCCUCCAUCUGCAGCCGAGAACCCUAUCUCCACCCUGAAUGACACCUCUGUGACUUUAGAGUGGAGUCCUUCCAGAGACAGCGGCGGCCGGGGGGACGUCACCUACAACGUCCACUGCAGGAAGUGCACCAACGACGGCAAAACAUGCAGCCCCUGCAGCAACAGCGUCCAUUUCGUACCUAGACAGUUUGGUCUCUCGAUCCCUAAAGUGUUGAUCACGGACCUGCUGUCCAACACCAACUACACCUUCAGCAUAGAGGCGGUGAACGGAGUGUCCGAUCUGAGCCCGGACCCUAAACAACAAGUCACAGUCAACAUCACCACCAGUCAGACAGUGAAUGUGAUCCUGAAGGAGAGAAAGAGUAAAGACAGUAUCACACUGGCCUGGCAGGGACCCGACAGACCAAACGGAGUCAUAGUGGAAUAUGAAGUCAUCUACUAUGAGAAGAACCAAAGAGACCAGAACUACACGGUCCUGAAGACCAAAGCCCACACAAUGACAGUGGAGGGGCUGAAGCCGGGCACCACCUAUGUGUUCAGAGUGAGGGCGCGCACUGACGGAGGCUACGGAAACUACGGUGGAGAGAUAGAGCUUGAGACCAGUCAUGAGGAUAUGCUGGCCAUUGGGGACCCUAACCAGUCGACAAUCCUCGCGGUGUCCAUAGCCGGUGGCAUUGUGCUCCUUAUCUUCCUGGUGGCAUGUUUUGUAGUGAGUGGACGACAUUGCGGCUACAUUAAAGCAAAGCAAGAUCCAGAUGAAGAAAAAAUGCAGUUUCAGAAUGGGAGAGUGAAACUGCCAGGAAGCAGGACGUAUAUUCACCCCCACACUUAUGAGGACCCAAAUCAAGCCGUCCGAGAUUUUGCCAAGGAAAUCGAUGCCUCCACCAUACGUAUAGAGAGAGUUAUAGGAGCAGGUGAGUUUGGUGAGGUUUGCAGUGGCCGUCUGAAGCUCCCCAGCAAGAGAGAAAUCUACGUGGCCAUCAAAAGUCUGAAAGCAGGAUACUCAGAGAAGCAGAGGCGGGACUUCCUGAGCGAGGCCAGCAUCAUGGGCCAAUUCGACCACCCCAACAUCAUCAGACUGGAAGGAGUUGUUACCAGAUGCAAGCCUGUGAUGAUUAUUACAGAGUACAUGGAGAAUGGAUCGUUGGAUACUUUCCUCAAGAAACACGAUGGGCAGUUCACGGUCAUUCAGUUGGUGGGAAUGAUGCGUGGAAUCGCUUCGGGAAUGAAAUAUCUGUCUGACAUGAGCUACGUCCACCGUGACCUGGCGGCACGCAACAUCCUGGUGAACAGCAACCUGGUGUGCAAAGUGUCCGACUUUGGCCUGUCCAGAGUGCUAGAAGACGACCCUGAAGCUGCGUACACCACACGGGGUGGAAAGAUUCCCAUUCGAUGGACGGCCCCUGAGGCUAUAGCGUACAGGAAGUUCACCUCAGCAAGUGACGUUUGGAGUUACGGCAUCGUCAUGUGGGAGGUGAUCUCAUAUGGAGAGCGGCCUUAUUGGGAGAUGUCUAAUCAAGACGUGAUUAAAGCUAUAGAUGAGGGUUACAGGCUGCCCGCUCCGAUGGACUGUCCUGUUGUCCUCCACCAGCUGAUGCUGGACUGCUGGGAGAAGAGCAGAAGUGAACGGCCCAAAUUCGGGCAGAUCGUCAACACUCUUGACAAACUGAUCCGCAACCCCAACAGUCUGAAAGAGCUCGCCAACAGCUCAGUCUGGGAAGACCCCACCACCCCAGAGUUCAGUGUGAGUACGGUGGAUGAAUGGCUGGACGCUAUCAAUAUGGGCCAGUACAAAGACAACUUUGCCAGUGCAGGCUACGUUUCUCUAGAUUCCAUACUGUACGUCAGCUUAUGUGAGUUAAGCAAGAUGAGCGUGACUCUGGUUGGGCACCAAAAGAAGAUUCUCUCGGCCGUCCAGAGUUUGCAUGCACAGGGGACACACGUGCAAGUAUAACAAGCCUUGAAGAGCGUACAGACUGAGAGAGUUACCAACUGCUCCCGCCACAGUCCCUAUCAGCAGCUUCACCAUACAGUUCUCACCCUGGAUGUUUCCGCAAACUACCCUUUUGUCAGCACUCUGGCUUCCGUCCAUGCACGUCCGAGCUUCCUGCAGGCAGAGGAACACACCGAGACCGAUCUACAUUCGCUUGACAAGGCCACGGCAAACCAGAUAUGAAGUAUGAUUAUUAAACAAAAAAGGAACAAAAACACUUUAGGGAGAAUUCACAGCUUGUGUUUAACAGUUUCGACAUUUGCAUUUAAUAUUUGACGUUUUGCAUAUCUGAGGUUGGACUGUUAUUCUUUAAAAGAGGGUUGUUUUUUUGUUUUGUUUUUCCAAAUCUGUGUUUGGGAUAUCAGUCUGUCCUUCUACAUCACUUAUAAGCCACAGUAACAUAUCAGAAGAUGUUUAUAGUAUAUUUAUUUUGUCAUAAUUGAGCGUUUGAGCACAGAUGGAUUCAAGUUUCAUAAUUCAGACGAAAAGAUGACAACCAGCAAAGAUGGAAGGAAACAUCUACGACGACAAAGACAAAGGCCGUGCCUUGCUCUUCACUCUUUGCCAUGUUGCAAGCAUUUCAAUAAGAAACCAGUUGGUUUCUCAAACACACUUCCAGAAAAUAGAAAUGUUAUUUCCGUCCAUUCGCUGCACAGAUAUGCCAACGUGUUGUACCACUGCAACGUUUGUGCACAUCAGAUCAAGCAAAGACAACUUUGAAAGGUCAUUUUCGUCAUUACGAAUUUCGCAUCGUCUUUACGUUUACACUCGUAGUGCGUGACGACUAUUGUACUAUAGUGUAUAAAAUGUACAGUGUUGAUUUGAAAAAAGAAGAAGACAAAAACGAAAAAAAAAACCACGAAAAACUAGAAUGUUUGUAAUGAUGUACUUUUAUUUAGUAUGAAGAGGAGGAAGUGGCAGUUAUCACCGUCGUUUGCCGAUGUGCGAUAAUAACUCAUCUCUGGAAUGUAGCAUGGAUCCUAAGCUUCAUCUUUGAUUGACAGGUGACUGCAGUUUUUUCACUCAAGUGGUGCCCUUAGCUGCUUGACUUUAGAUGCCUUAUUAACUGUGCAGUUCUCUCUCUUUUUCUCGUCCUCCCCUUAGAAACGAUAUCAUGAAGUUUAAUGUACAUAGUAUUUAUCAUUGCGUCACUGAGAAGCUGGAGCUCGAUGUUAAAGCCGGGCUCGACGUGUUGUUUUAGUCUGCUGUUUGUGGAAACGCGUUCGAUCCGUGUGGAACAGGGACAGAGACUCUAUUGGGCCGAACUAAAUUCCUCAUGCUAACUUUACCAAGACUGAUUUGCUGCACUGUAUAUUUUUGUACUAGUGAGGUUGUUCUGUUGUAAAGUAGAAGUCUACCUGUUUUAUUUAAAUAUAUAUGAUACAUGAAUACAGGAACGGAUGGAAAUGAGAGAUAAUCAUACUUCAAAUCAUGAUUCCAUGACGUCAUUUCACAUUUUGAGUUCAUGUCAUUGAUUUUUUUUCUACACAAUGCAGUAACUAAUCGCAAAAACUUGCUUGGAAUCUGUAGGGGUAUUUCUUCCUGAAAGGAUUUGAAAAUGCUAAAAUAUCUCUAUUCAAAACAAAAUUGAAAUGGAAUUAUAAUGAGUAAAAAUAAAUAAAUAAAAGGUCAGAAUUCUGUAGCCACAGAUUCCGUGUAGGUUUAAUAAGCACACAUUAUCACACUUCCUUUCGGCAUUUUUUAUGAAAAUCCAUCAUCAUCUGUUAUUAGAGUAUGCAUAACUGGUUAUUUUCAUAAAAGGUGAAAAUCCUGAAAAUUACAUCUCGAAUCAUGUUUAAAGUGGUCACAUAUUUAAUUCCACAAAUUAAAUUGGAAUAAACAACACUACAAUAAAAAAUGCAUUUAUAUAUAAAUUAUACUCAUGAAUGCAAGGAUCACUACUAACCAUUGCACUUUUCUUUAGUUUUCUUUUUCCUUUUUUUUCAUGCAUAUUUUACAGAGGGAGAGGAAAAACACUUCCUUAAACAAGUGAUUAUGCAUUUAGAUGAAUUCAUUUGUUCUAUCCUGCUAAUGUUAAUGAACCUUAUACACUAAAUCUGAGAUUUCAAUAUGUAAAGUAAUUCCAGAAGGCCAGAAACUCAUCCAUUUUUCUGCUAAUUUUUCAGUCCAAAAUUAAAUCCAUUCAACUCUGUCUAGGGAGGCAAUAUGCUGAUGUGGCAAAACUGACUGCAGAAGAUUGCAUUGAAAUAAUAACAUGAUGAUGAUGAUGAUGAUAGUGGCAAUAUUAAUGACCAUUAAUAAAACAUAAGCUCCAGUUUUUACCACUGCAACAUCAAACUUCCAGUCUUGCAAAAACAGCUAAGUGAAGAAUUCUAUCUCUAUAUCUGCUCACCAAAUGAAUCAAAGCAGGUGGUUGUGUGACUAAACAGUGUUAGUGGCAGGAUGUGGAAUGUGUUAAUAUGAUAGAAGAUGAUAGAUGAAUCUUGCUUAUAAAUUGUCUAUCGAGUUGUUGUCUUUUGUUCUGCCCCGGCUCUGUACAUGUGUUUGGGCUGAUCCUUUGUGAAUGAUCUCUGUUCUUUUGUAAGCUAUGUGCCCAUCUCUACACACACUGCAGGUUUCUUUGAGCUCGCAAAAAAGGGUGUACGCAUUGAAAUUCUUCAUGUCGCUGUAAUAAAUGCUAAUAUUUUUAAUUUCUCACCUGAA